GUCAGUCGGGUUUGGUGCGAGGUUCCGAAAGGUCGAUGUACUUUGAGGUUAGUGUUUCGUGUUGUGCUCGUUCUGUGGAUUACUUUCUUCCUUGUGCAGGUGUAGUGUGAUGUGUUUGUGGAGGACUAGCCAGUGAGGACCGCCAUGUUCUGUCUGUGUAAGAAGGCCAGGACGUAUCACUGCAAGGUGGUGCUGCUGGACGAACAGGAACUCAUCCAGGAGAUACAGGACACCAGUUUGGGCCAGGAGGUGCUAGACACGGUGUUUAGACAUCUCAACCUUCUAGAGACCGCCUACUUCGGCCUUCGGUACCUGGACUCCGCCAACCAAACUCACUGGCUGGAUACAACGAAAAAGGUGUCAAAACAACUAAAGGGGAAAGAAACAUUUACGCUUUAUUUUGGUGUCAAAUUCUAUGCAGCUGAUCCUUGCAAACUGCUGGAAGAAAUCACUAGGUAUCAAUUCUUCCUUCAGGUCAAGCAGGACAUUCUACAAGGACGUCUUCCAGUGUCCUUUGAGCUAGCAGCCGAACUAGGUGCCUUCGUAGUACAGUCUGAACUAGGCGACUACGACCCUCGUAGACAUUCGCCUGGUUAUGUCUCUGAGUUUCGGUUCCUCUCCAACCAAACGGUGGAACUGGAGACCAAGAUAGCUGAACACCAUAAGGACCUUCAAGGCCAACUUCCCUCCGUCGCCGAGCUCAACUACCUAGACAAGGUGAAAUGGUUGGAGAUGUACGGGGUCGACCUUCAUCCUGUGUUGGGGGAGGACAACGUAGAAUACUUCCUUGGCCUUACGCCUACUGGAGUUAUCGUUCUUAGGAAUAAAAACAAGGUGGCCAACUAUUAUUGGCCAAGAAUCAGCAAAAUAUACCACAAGGGAAGGUACUUCAUGCUAAGGGUGUGUGACAAAAAUGUAAGCACGAAUGAUGAGAACACCUAUGGUUUUGAAACUCCCUCCAAGCCCGCCUGCAAACACCUGUACAAAUGCUGCGUGGAACACCAUGCGUUCUUCCGCCUGGUCCAGGUGUCCCCCAACCCUCCUGACGUCAUAGGAACACGCUUCAGUAGUGGCCGAGCCGAGAAGAUCUCUCAACGAGAAGCUCAGAUGAGGUUGAGAAGUCCUCCGCAGUUCACCCGGACGCCAAGCCGAAGAUAUCAACGGAGGAUAGUGGAGGGAGCGCAGGACACUACAAAAGUGGAAGAGACGAUGAGUAAGGAGAAUAUUCCCCCUCAGGAGAUGAAAACCGUCUCAAUUCCUCAACCUGUCAACUCAGUAAGCAGCCUGUACAGAGGCACAGGGGCGACGGGUAGAUGUGAUUCGCCCCGUAGUACCCGGAGUGCACCGUGGAGUGCACCACAUGCACGCGGUCUCUACACUGGUAGUUCACCUAGGUCACUGCGCUCGGCGGGGCACUCACAUUCUCGAGCGCUAGCUGCACGGCGCUCCUCCUCUGUGGAAAGUCAUAGCAGCAACGACUCAAGAUCUUGCAAAAGACAUAGACAUCACCGAAGCAGAAGAAGCUCGGACAACGAGAGUGAGCUGUCAAGGUGUAGUGGUGGGGGUAAGUCUCGUAGACACAGGCAUCGCAGUAGACGAGCCUCGGGUGGUGAAGAUUCUAGUUCUCGACACAACAGCAAGAGCUCUAAACACAGGUACGAGCUGGUGGAUUCUGAGAGUCAGUGGAAGGAGGUUCAGAGAAGACAAGCUGAAGGCAGCUCAGGGAUUCAACAAGCCACUGUUAUCAGUAACAAGGAGUCACAAAACAUCAACAGGCGUAGCGGUUACAUGAACAGUGGGAUGGAGACUGAAAGCGAACACUCUUACCAUCAUAGGAGAAAACAUAGGAAACACAGAUCCAGGUCGCGCUCCCCUUCGGAAGGCAAGUCUCGGCUUCCGGACGAGUUGAAGCAGCAUCUGGAGUUCCGGUUGGUAGAAACAGAGGGAAUGUCAGAAUCUCAGUUACGUGAGAUUCCGUACAAAGUAGUAGAGACGAACACGGCUGCUAAGGCUGUCAGAGUGCGGCUCUCUCCUACCAGAAGGCCACAUUCUACAAGGAGGGGCAAAGGUUCCGUCAAGGAGGAUCCUCCAAGUACAGGAGACAGCCCUCCUCCUCCGUACUCUGAGAGCCCCGCUCUAGCGGACAUUCUCAACAAGAAUACCCCCGCCAGUGGCACUACCCCUACUACACCUGCUUCUGCCACCGCCCAGCUACCCAGGAUGAACCACAGCCAAUCUAGGCAGAUGUCUAGCAGUGCUACCACUCGUUCUCUCUGUUCUGCUUUGUAUGGUAACCCUGCCACCCUCCUAGGCAACAAUCCUCACUUACCUCCGUCUGGGGCGGGACACAACGGGGCCGCAAGUCCCCAUCGUAGGGACUCCGUUGACAACUCUGCCUGGCUUGGCAAGGAGUACAUCCACAGUCCAGGGAAGAAUUCAAGUAGUUCGUUGAUUGGGAUUUCAGAGAGAAGAAAAAAUGACCUGCUUCCAAGACCAUUCCCCUUCAACUCCAUGCGCUCUCAAAACUCGUACAGCUCCAACCAUGGCAAGCAGUGGACGAGUCCAGAAGUUAGAGGGACUGUUGGACUCCCCUGGCCCACGAUCGUAGACGGACUCUAUAACCAGAGUCCACAACUUAACCACUCCCCCUCCCCUUCCCAUCCUACGACUCCCCACUCCUCCUUCACCAACCUCCCAGACAACAUCAGCAGAUACCCGAGCCCUCCCAACCUCAAUUCUAGCCAUGAGUUCCUACAGCAUGUUCACGCUGCCACGAGCUACAUGAACUACGGCACUCCCCUACACCGUCCACACCAGAUGAAUGGCAACAUCGGCUACGAGCACAAUGCUCCUCGAAGAUACGACCACAACAGUAUUCACUCGAGUGCCAGUUCUGAGCUCGGCAGAGAACACUCGAGUAGUAGUUCGAGUUCCCUUCGUAACAGAAGUAAUCUGUCUAUCGACAAGACUAGUCUUUAUUCGACGAAUAACCGAGAGAAGAGAACUGAAGACUCAGUCAGUUCGCCAAAUCACAACCAAAGUGAAGAGAAGAAGAUGAGUGAAACUAGAGAAUGGCCCGAGACGGAACGUGGGCCGUUGUAUUACCAACAGAACACGAAUUCCCAGAAUGGCGUGGGCAAUGAAGUGAACAACAAUCCAAGAAUACUUCACGAGAUGAGUACGGAAUUGUAAUGCCUUCCUACCACCAUUCAAGUGCCAAAGUUUCAACCAUGUUGUACAUUAUACAAUAAAGUGAUAACGAUUAAAUUUAUACACAUAUGUAACAUAUACUAAUCAAAAAUGUAUCUCUAUUUAUUUGCAUAAGUUUUAUUAUUUAUUCUGUUUUAUACCAACGGAAUGUAUGUGAAUAUCUUUGCCUACCAAUCAUGUAAAUGAUUUGUUGAAUGUUUUAUGUUGUUCCUCAGAAGAAUUUUUAGCUCUUACUGUUUGAAUCAAAACUGUAUCCUAUCUUUUUAUGUCAAAAUUUGUUUUCAACCUAAUUAUUUUUAAAUGCCAUAGAACAAAAUGUAAAUGCUCAAAUGUCUUGUCUUCGCCUCAAGUGAAAUGCAGUCUCAUAAACAGAAGUCAGUUUUCAGCUCAUUCUGUCGCUAUCCAUGUCGUUCAAACUUAUAUUUAAUGCAAAGUUAUUUUGUAUUCGAAGUGAAAGUAAUCGACCGACGACCACAUGUUUCACUUCAGUUUUCAAUAUCACAUUUUAAAAUCAAACUGGUUUUGAAUUUUAGUAGCAUUUUUUUUAAAAUUUAUUUAAUUUUCUUGUGAAGAUUGUUUUGAAGUGUGUUCCUGUCACAGUUUUUUGGAAUUGCUCCUCUUUAGCAGGUUGUCCUAGAUAUCAAAUUAGCCUGCCAAAUACGGCUGCAAGUCAAUUCUAAAAAGUUUUUAAAAUUUGGAAAUUUCAGGUCUACACCACUUGACUGUGACAGGAAAGUUUUACCGAAAAAGUUAUAUAUUUACAACAAAUUAACUUUUAGCAUGAAGCAUGAAAUCUCUUUUAAAGGUCAUGAUUAAAUGAUUUUUGAUCAUCAAUCAUAUGCUUCUAAAUUCACAGUGAAACCUAAAGUGAAACCGAUGGUAUCGUUCAACCAUAGACUGAUUUUUUACUGUGUAACUUAGUGUAUGUACAGUGAACUAAGUGUCAUUCCAACUUUUGUAUGUAAUGUACGGAAUAAACCAAUUUUCUAAGACUCA